AGUACUUUGCUCCUCUUUUAACCAGUCAUAGUUUAUGUCUGCCAACACUGGUGCUGGUGCUUCCUGGUGCAUUCAUCACCAUCUUCACAUCACCAUGCUGAUUCAGGAGCAACAUACCUGUGAAAUGCAGCUUCUGUAAAGCUCAGUGAAGUCAAGUCGUCUUUCCAUUCAGCGCUGAGAGGAAAAGGGGAACACAGUCGAGCUCAUAGGAGAAGAACAGCUGAGCUUCCCCCCAGCUGAGUUCUCUCCACCCAGAAGAUGUCAGCAGCUACGGCCGGCGCUGGAGGAAGAGGAACCAAGCCCUCUAAAGCGUCAAAGGAUCACGGAAAGCCCACGCCAGCCGCGCUGAAAGGAGCCAUCCAGCUAGGCAUCGGCUACGCUGUGGGAAACCUGAGCUCCAAACCAGACAGAGAUGUACUCAUGCAGGACUUCUCUGUGGUGGAGAGCGUCUUCCUUCCCAGUGAAGGCAGCAACCUGACUCCAGCACAUCACUUCCCAGAUUUCCGUCUGAAAACCUAUGCGCCGCUAGCUUUCCGUUACUUCAGAGAGCUCUUUGGCAUCAAACCAGACGACUAUCUGUACUCCAUCUGUAAUGAACCACUGAUAGAGCUGACCAACCCCGGCGCCAGCAGUUCCUGGUUCUACCUCACCAGUGAUGAUGAGUUCAUCAUCAAGACGGUGCAGCACAAAGAGGCAGAGUUUCUGCAGAAGCUGCUUCCUGGUUACUACAUGAAUCUGAACCAGAACCCGAGGACUCUGCUACCCAAAUUCUAUGGUCUUUACUGCAUCCAGUGCGGUGGUGUCACUGUCCGUGUGGUGGUAAUGAACAACGUGCUGCCACGAGCCAUAAAGAUGCACUACAAGUACGACCUGAAGGGUUCCUCAUACAAACGCUGUGCCUCACGCAAAGAGCGCACUAAGUCCUCGCCCACCUUCAAAGAUCUGGACUUCCAGGAGAUGCAUGAGGGCCUGUUCUUUGACCCAGACACAUACAACGCCCUUAUGAAAACCCUGCAGAGGGACUGCCGGGUCCUGGAGAGCUUUAAAAUCAUGGACUACAGUCUCCUGUUGGGGGUUCACGUGUUGAACAGGAAGCCACUUGAGAGGGGAAACAGGUGCGACAGCAAGAGAGGACAGAAAGUCUUGUACUCCACGGCCCUGGAGUCCAUUCAGGGGAAUGUGAAGGACCCCGAACCAGUGGCUGAUGAUGACACACUGGGUGGAAUCCCUGCCAAACACAAGGAUGAGAACCUGCUCAUCUUUUUAGGACUCAUCGACAUCCUUCAAUCAUAUAGGUUCAUCAAGAAGGUGGAGCACUCCUGGAAGGCUCUUGUUCACGACGGGGUCUGUUUUCUUUCCUCACCUGAAGAUUUUGUGUCCAGCGAGCUCAUUCAUGCACGUUUGUAUCUGACAGCUUUUCUUUCAUUUCAGGAUACAGUGUCUGUUCACAGGCCAGGUUUUUAUGCAGACAGAUUCCUGAAAUUCAUGGGCACAUCUGUAUUCAAAAAGCUUCAUCCAUUAAGAGGAGCAUCUUCAAAGAGGAAGAGGAAUUCGCUCCAUACAUCUACAUUAAAGUCAGUAUCUCAGGAGUUUCUGUCCCCGCAGAAGGACAAGAAGGAGGAGAAGAAGGCCCAAAGCAUGGACAACCUAGAUGGAAACUCUUAUAGCUCCUCCAAACAACCAGAUCUCCUCCCAAAAUCUGCUCUUACUUGUGAGUCUAUCCAGACUAAUGAAGAUGACCCUGAAAACAGUGAAGAAAGACGAGCCUCCAGUUCAACGAUCGCUUUUGAUGAUCCUCUGCCGUCUCUCAGUAGAAGUCAAUCAGACUCUGAGCUGGAUGUCUACUUGCCUCACACUGACUCAACCAAGCGACUCAGCUGGAGCUGAUCAUUCGUUUCUGUCCAAACAUCCACCAAAUUGAGGAUCCACCUGUACUCCUGACCCACAUGAAGACACCAGGACUUCACAGCAGCCUGAAAACGUUCAUCGUGAAGACUCUGACACCAGCAUCACACCAGCCUCUUUCUCCUUCUUUCCUGAAUCCCUGUCAAUGACUCAGAAAUAACUGGAAACCCAGUUACUUUUAUUAUCAGAUGGAGAAAUCAACCGAUGGAUUUAUGUGUUUGGAUUUCCUCUGUCCCAUUAUGGAAACACUAUGAAGCAGCUUCUUCUUCCUCUCGCCAUUGCUCACUUUGCUGCUAGUAAAUAGUUAAGUUGCUACUUAUCCUCUCCCACUUCCUUUUAGUCUUUUAUUUUCAUCAACUUCUCAGCGGCUGGAUCCCGAGAAAGUGACAUGUCUUAUUAUAGGGAAACAAGUAUUUGUAUGUUAAUUGAAAGAUCACGUUACGAAGCCUUCACAGAUUCAAUCAUAUGUAUCUGAAUGAGUAGAAGACUAUUACAGACCUAAAUGUGUAGAAAUGAUACUUCGCAAAAAAGGAUAUUAUUUACACUCUGGGUUGUUAAAUAAAUUGAUUUGUAGUCCCGAUAAAUUAAAAAAGAAACUGAAAAUCUGCUCCUGACAUGUUAAAAUUCACAUGUUUGUGUUAUAAUUGUAAGUAUGUCAGCAUUUAACUGUUUCUCCAGAUGUACUUUGCAAAUAUGGCUAUUUAGCAAAUGCAAGCAUAGUAUCACACUUAAGGAAAGAAAAGUAAUUAAAAUAAAAUAGUAAAUGUCGGCAUGUUAGAAGUAUGCUGGAAUGGUGAUGUAUGAAUUCAGCUCAAAGCUCUUAAUGCAGCCAUUACUUAGCUAAUAGUCUAUUGUACAGCCUUAUUAAGCUGCUGAGUGGCUCUUAUACAUUGUUUAACGACAUUUAUGAGGCAUUUGUCUAAACAUAAAGCAAACUUUACAAUGUUAUUAGCACUGUAUUGUAAUAAAUUCCUAUUCAUUUUCCUGUGACAACAUUCUUUCCAAUGAACACAGAUAUAUCAGUAGAGUAAAUUUGCUGACAAAUUGUAUUAUGAUUGUAGUAAUACACUACUUUACUACAAAGAUCUGUGUGUUGUUUUUUCCAUGUGCCUUAGACCAAACUUUGAUAUUUGCAGGGAAUAAAUACAAAAGUAAUGACUAUUAUAAACUGCCCUUCAUCAUAGUUUAUACUGUAUUAUGUCUACUUCCUUUGUUCUGUUCACCUGCUUUUACGUGAUUUUAUCCAGCUAAAAUUGUUAAAAGAGCUCCUAUAAUGAUAAUAAAUUAUUAUUUAA